CUUGGUCUGAUUUAAGAUGGCGGCCUACUGCUGAGAAGUAACGCGGUUAUUACAUGUCAACAUGUCACUUCUCAGAGUAUGUGCCUUUGCCAAAUGUCUGAAUCGUCGCAGUUUAUUUGAAAGGUGUGCUGUUCGCGUGUCUCUUCAGGACCGGUGUGAGCUCUGUGUUUCGAUAAGAGACGCUGCAGUCAGACGAAUAUCAGAGACACCCUGGCAGCUUCAAAGAAGAAAUGUUUCAUUUGUAUUCCCAAAGAGAGAAGAUGCAAAGAAACGUGUACUAAAACAGUCUCAGUUGUUAGACGUGCUUGACGCAAGGAUCCAGCAACUCCAAUCGGACACUGUUUUAGAUGUCCAGCAUGCAAAUGUGCAAUUUGUUAAAGCCCCCUCUUCUGGAAGAGGGGUUUUAUCUGGUAAUGAUCCUCAAAGCACACCCAAGGAGAACACCGUCCUUCCUAAUUCAGGACAGACUGUCGAUAAAGGAGCUUCUAAAUCUAAUCCGAGCCGCUGGAUGGAAAAACUAAAUCGGGAGGAGAACAAAAUACUCAAAAAACAGCAGAACCUCCCUCAGAAGUUAAAUAAGAAUGUGAAGGAGAAACCUAUAGCCAAAUCUAAAAGUAGCAAAAGCAGCUUGUUCCCCGGUACAUCACGUAAAACUAUAUCCAAGGUUAAAAACACUGUGCCCUUGGUUGACAGCAGAACGCACAUGGAAUUGUCUGAUGUGACUCGUGCUGUAGUUUCUUCAACAGUUUCCUCCACUGCUGCUGCUGCUGGUGCUGCUGCUGCUGCUGCUGCUGCUGCUGGUGCUGCUGCUGCUGCUGCUGCUGGUGGUGCUGCGGGGACAUCACAUAAAGUAUCUAAAGUGAAACAGAAGGCCUCUAAAAACCAGACCCUAAAGAAGACAGUUACUGAUGCCAAGGACGGCGCCAAGGAGCUGAAGGAGCUGCAGAAAAAGGUCGGAAAACCAGUGAGCCAGAGGACAUCUUCAAAUAACCCAGAGCACCUGCAGCCGGACAACGAGAGUGCUGCGUGUGUGGACGCCCAGCUGAGCAUCCAGUCUUACCUGGAGGCAUGUGUGUGUGCUGGGGACUUUGAGAGGGCACAGAAAUUCCUGCUCAGCCAGCACAGAGUUAUAAGUCGACGUAAACUUCUGAACACUGAAUUCUACAACGUCAUGAUGAGGUUGUGGGCCAAGAAGGGAACAUUAAAUCAGAUCGGCCGCAUAUUUAUUCUCUUAGAAGAGGCUGGUCUGAAGGCAAAUCUGGCAUCCUACUCUGCUGCUCUGGAGUGUAUGGGCCGCAAUCCCAACUGCUCCCCAAACGUUAUCACAAGGUGCCUGAGCCAAAUGGAGGAGGAUGGCUUUUCUAUCGACGAUGUGUUCAGCGAGUGUGUGUUCCAGCAAGAUGAGAGAGACUUGGUGCUGAAGGCCAUGCAAAUCGUCCAGCCCGACUACCAGCCCAUUCUCAACACGAGCACAAACCAGAGUCUCCCAUCGCUGGUUCAGGACUACUACACACAGAGGUCGGACCACCAUUACCCCAAACUGGACUUCACUCAGGAGGAGCUUCAGGAGCGUUUCAAACAACAGCUCAACAUGGAAAAGGAAUGCACCAUCACCAUCGACUCUGUGGAGGCGGCCAAGCCCAUCACUGAACACAUGGCCAAAAUGAGGGAGCUGCUGGCGGAUCAGCGGGCACGCUGGCAGAAGAUCCUCCUCCAGGCUCUGAGGGACAGUAAGGUGAUCCUGGCUAACACCAGCUCCAAGGACUUCAGGCCUAACCUUUAUCCCUACCUCUGUGUGCUGGAGGAUAGAGAGUAUGUUGACAUCAUGAUACAGUGUAUUACCAACAUGCCGCCCAGUGGAGAGUCACUGAAGAUUUUAGCCGCGGAUCUGGGCAACAGGGUCUACACCAAGUACUGCGUGCGGCAGAAGCAACACAAUCAGACGGUGGACAAAUUGAACAACAUUUACAACAAUUACACAGACAUGCUGGCCAAAGAUACAAAGGAGUAUGACGUCCUUCCCAGAGAGCAGUGGUGUAAGCUCGUGACGGACCACAGUUCAGGACCCUCGCUGCAGGGAGCAGAGGUCAACUUGCCAUACAUAGUAUCCCUGGAGCUGGGCACCUUCAUGGUGGAUAUGAUGGUCAAGAACCUCAAAAUUAAUACGGACAUCCUGAACCCGGCUUUCCACAAGAAGCUCAUCCCCAUCCUUUACCACAUGUACACCUUCCGCAGCACACGGCAGGUCGGCUUCAUCAAACCUCACCCCAUCCUGAGUCAGAUGCAGCAGGAGGCUAUGGAGAGCAAGUUGACCUUUGACUCCUAUGUGAUGCCAAUGCUGUGCCCUCCUCUGCCCUGGACUUCUGUCAAGUUUGGAGCCUACCUGCUGACCCCUACCAAGCUGAUGCGCUCAGUGGAUGGAGCCACACAACACGAGGUGCUGUUGGAGAACUGCCAGAACAUCCAUGCUGUCCUGGACUCUCUCAACCUGCUGGGCAACUGUGCCUGGAGUAUCAACAAACCUUUGUUGGAUAUUAUCAUCUCCAUCUUCAAUGACCGGGGUAGUUAUAAGCUAGAUAUCCCUCCUCCACUAUCAGAGGCCCCCAAAAUACCCCACUUCAAUGCCCAAGAUCCCACUUAUACUUCUUCUGAGAAAGCCCACAUGAAGAGGGAGGUGAUUAAUGCCAGGAAGAAAUGCAAUGAGAUGCACAGCCUGCGUAUGGACGCUCUAUACAAACUCUCCAUCGCCAACCACAUGCGGGAUAAGCACUUCUGGUUCCCUCACAACAUGGACUUCCGGGGACGUACCUACCCCUGUCCUCCGUACUUUAAUCACCUUGGAAGUGAUGUCACACGGGCUCUGCUUUUGUUUGCAGAGGGGAAGCCCCUCGGUCCGAAGGGACUGGACUGGCUAAAGAUCCACUUAGUCAAUCUGACCGGACUGAAGAAGAGGAGCUCACUAGACGGACGGCUGGAGUACGCCAACACUAUCAUGGAGGACAUACUGGACUCUGCCGACAACCCCCUAGAUGGGAAGAAGUGGUGGAUGAGUGCAGAUGAGCCCUGGCAGGCUCUGGGCUGCUGCAUGGAGUUAGCCAAAGCUGUGAGAUCUCCCGAUCCAACGCUGUUCAUCUCUCAUUUUCCCGUUCACCAGGACGGUUCCUGUAAUGGUCUCCAGCACUACGCUGCUCUAGGCAGAGAUGUUAUUGGUGCCACAUCAGUCAACCUCAUGCCCUGUGACGUGCCCCAGGACGUGUACAGCGGAGUAGCACAGCAGGUGGAGGAGUUCCGACUGCGGGAUGCAAAGAACGGUUUGAAGAUCGCCAUGGUGCUAGACGGCUUCAUCAGCAGGAAGGUGGUCAAGCAGACCGUGAUGACUGUGGUGUACGGGGUCACGCGCUACGGGGGACGCCUCCAGAUAGAGAAGAGACUGAAGGAGAUCGAUGAGUUCCCCAAGGACCAUGUAUGGGAAGCAUCUCACUACCUGGUGCGUCUGGUGUUCAAUGGCCUAAAGGAGAUGUUUACAGGGACCAGAGAGAUCCAGGAUUGGCUGACGGAGAGCGCCAGGCUCAUCUCCAAGUCUGGCCACACUGUGGAGUGGGUGACACCCCUGGGUUUACCCGUGAUUCAGCCCUACCACCGCACACGCAUCAAAGUGUUGAAGAACACCUUACAACAUAUCCACCUCCAGAUCAGCCAUGACAUCAAGCAGAGGCCGGACACCGUGAAACAGAAGAAUGCCUUCCCGCCAAACUUCAUCCACUCUCUGGACUCCACACACAUGAUGCUGACCGCUCUCCGCUGCUACAGUGCUGGCCUGGCCUUCGUUUCCGUUCACGACUGUUUUUGGACCCACGCCCUCACCGUGGACACCAUGAACAAGGUCUGUCGGGAACAGUUUGUGGCCCUGCACGGCCAGCCAAUCCUUCAAGAGCUGUCCGACUCCCUGCUAAAGAAAUACUGCAGCGGGACCCCGACUGAGGCCAAGAAGAAGAAGCACCAGGAGUUCAUGAAGCUAAUGAGGCUGCUGGCCAAAGUGCCCGAGACAGGUGAUUUCGAUCUCCAGCGGGUGAAAGAAUCUACUUAUUUCUUCAGCUGAGAGACUCUUGAGGGCGAGUCAGCGGAGGGAGAUGAGUGGAAUUGACAGUGCGGCAGGGAGGCUGAAGGCCCCCGGGUCUUGACUGGCUUUGUCUCCCUCAGACAUCAGGACAUUGAUCCAGCUGCACUCUGCCUGCCUCCUGGUCCACAGGCUGGCUGGAGCUGCUGGAGGCGUUAAAACACAGUGAACCCGCCUGAUUAACUGACUAGUAAGCUGAUGGAUGGAAAGCGAGGGGGGGAUACUCAUCCAGGCGAAAUGAUGAAAGAAUCAGCAGCGGAUAGGAAUAUUAAGACUUCAAUCAGUGAAAAGUACCUUUUUUAUAAUGGAGCUAAUACCAUAUUCAAGUGUGUGUGUGUGUGUGUGUGUGUGUGUGUGUGUACGUGAACCAAACUGACUUCAUCACUCAGCAACACGUCUACUGCUCGAUGACAUUUUCACCUGCAAACUGUAAUUGCUAGUGAUUGGUAGUGUGUGUGUGUGUGUGUGUGUUUGUGU